GAAAGUCACAUAUGGGUUAAAUGCAGAGGACACAUUUCGUUGUUGCGCACUGUGUGCUGUGGUGCAUUGACAAUGACCACUAAACUUGAACUUAUUUUAUUUCUAUUUGGUUGAAAGAUGUACUUGACUUGACCACGUGGGGGCGAUGGUUCAUAGUACUGUUACAUGUAUCUUUUAACAUAAUAUGAAUCUUACUUAACCACGUUUCCUGGGUCUUCAAGCAUAAGAUUUUUUUUUCCUAUAACGGAACAUCUUAUUCAAGAUUUCACAAGUUAUGUCCAUAUUUAAAUGUUGUGGAUUUUAUGGUUAGAGAUUUGUGCUAUAUGCAGCCCCCGUUUAAAACGGUCUGAUUAAACUGAAUAGAAACAGUUUAAAUCAGAAACAGUCCUUUUUCCAAUCCAUUGCAACUAAGCAUAGAUUUUCCGUACUUUAUAGAUUUUUUUUUUUACACAACAACCCAUAAACAUUAUUGGAUUCCAAUCUUUGUGUAGUCAAAUAAUGAAACAUCACCACAAUUAUAUUGUGUAUAUAUGUCUAUUAUUUUGAAGAAUGACUAUAUUAUAGGGUGGCAUGUUGAUGUAGUGGUCAGCGCUGUCACCUCACACCUCUGGGAUCUGGGUUCGAGUCUCCGCCUGGGUCACAUGUGUGUGGAGUCUGCAUGUUCUCCCCGUUCGGGUUUCCUCUGGGUACUCUGGUUUACCCCCGCAGUCCAAAAACAUUCUGUGCUCUGUGUGUGUGAGUGUGCCCUGCGAUGGGUUGGUGUCCCCUCCUGGCUUGUUCCCUGCUUUGCGCCUGUGGCUUCUUGGAUGACCUCUGAACCCCUCGUGACCCUGAAUAGAGAAAUCUGAGAAAUGGCAGCGUCUGGCAAAAUGGCGUCCUUCCGGCUGCCCCCUCUUCCGACCAUCGGAGAGAUCAUACGGCUGUACAACCUACGGGCAGAGAGGCAACUUUCCCAGAAUUUUCUCCUGGACAUGAAACUCACAGACAAAAUCGUGCGGCAGGCGGGGAGCCUUAAGGGCGCCCACGUGUGUGAGGUGGGCCCUGGGCCGGGGGGCCUGACCCGCUCGAUCCUGAACGCCGGUGCCGCCGACCUGCUGGUGGUGGAGAAGGACGCGCGGUUCGUCCCGGGCCUGCAGCUCCUGUCGGAGGCGGCCCCAGGGAGACUGAGGAUGGUGCAAGGUGACAUACUGACCUACAGAAUGGACAGAGGUUUUCCGAAAAAAAUAGCCAGGAAAUGGGAGGAGGAACCUCCAGAGCUGCACAUCAUUGGGAACCUCCCCUUCAGCGUCUCCACCCCCCUCAUCAUCAAGUGGCUGGAGGCCAUGUCGGACCGGACCGGUCCCUUUGCAUUCGGACGCACUCGGCUGACGCUCACCUUCCAGAAGGAGGUCGCGGAGAGGCUGACUGCCGGCCCCGGGAGCAGACAGAGAAGCCGCCUGUCUGUCAUGACCCAGUACCUCUGCAAAGUACGCGACUGUUUCACCAUCCCAGGACGAGCCUUCGUACCAAAACCCAAGGUAGACGUGGGCGUAGUGCACUUCACUCCACUGGCUCAGCCCCAGAUCCAGCAGCCCUUCAAGCUGGUGGAGAAAGUCGUCAAGAACGUCUUCCAGUUUCGGAGGAAAUACUGCCGCAGAGGGAUCGAGAUGUUGUUCCCGGAGAUGUUGCGUCUGGAGCUCGCCGAGCAAAUGCUGCAGAUGGCGGAUGUGGACCCAACCCUGCGGCCCACCCAGCUCUCAGUUGCCAAGUUCGGAGCUCUGGCAGAUGCCUACAGCAAACUGUGUGCACGUAACCCAGGCCUGUUCUCCUAUGACUUCAGAGAGGAACGGAGGAACAAAGGCAGAGAUAAGGGUCUGCUUGCUGAAGGACUUGACAGCGAGGAAGAUGACGAAGAGCAUUACUGACACAGAGCCAGUCCACUGAGAUGAAAGGUAAAGACUCGUGAAGACCCCUUCUAGUGUUGACAUUUCAACAAACAAGAGUGUGAAUUUGAGAAACAAUUUCUGUACGAAAUAAGAUAAAUGUGAGAUGGUGGUGCAGGGGCGACACUGGCCUUUGUCCCCAUCACAGCACACAUUUUACAAGACUGUCACACUUCACAGAAUCAAGUGUCAAAUGAACUGUGACAGUGCAAGGACUGUGAUCUGGUUAUGGCCCAGCACUUCAGCUAAUGAAUGUUGUUUGGUGUCCUAAGUGGUGAAUUGGUGGCCAAAAAUAUUUUUUAUUCCUUGUGGAAUACUGCAUGCAUGAGAACAUGGUGGCAUGGAGGCUAAUUCUCUCUUACUGCAGUUGUACGACUCAAAGGGAAGCUUAUGAUGAUUUUUUCAAAGCUUUAAUGUGAAAACUAUUUAAUCUGAAAUUUGGAAAGCUGAGUCGAUGCAUACAUUUUUGGCGUGUCUGAAAUCUGUUUUGCAAUUAAAAGUAAAAGUAUCCCCCUUUUUUCCCUGGUGAA